AUGAGUAAAUUUACAAAGGCCGGGACCUGGAAGACGGAAACUUCAGGUCGAACAAAUACCGGUUCGACCAUUCGUGGGAAGAUAUCUGCUCCGAUUCCAAUCCAGGACGACGACGAAUUUCCCAUUCGCUCUCCAGGAACUGGUAUAGCAACGCCUCUUGGAUCUCUCAAUUCUGAUGGAAUCGAUAAAGUUAUGAGGGGCUCCGCCAUUUCUGGCCGCGAUAGUGCUCUGGCACAUGGAGAUAUUGGGACCGGUAGUUAUGUCGAACCACCCAGGCGAAUAGGAACCACCCCUUUACCCUCCGAUCGGCCAUCAUACAAUGCCCCCUCACGUAGGACAGAGGAUUACAGCGUUCCAAGGAGCUCAUCGCCUGUUGGCAGACCAUCAGACUCAAUACUCUCGAAGCCGGCGCGAAAGAAGUCGACUUUCAAAGGAGUGUUUGGCAAAAUCUUUGGCAAGAAAAAGAAGGAUGCUUCAAAUAAGAAACAGAGCGUUGACGCUCUGCAGAGUGAACAGCAUCACCGCAGCGACCCAUCUGCGCUCAGCCGAAGUCCACUGAAUACCGCGACCUCCCCCAAACGAUCUACUUCCAUGCCGAUCAACGAGUUUAAUCGCGCCCUCCGAUCGCAUUCUCCUUUCGUAGAUGGUAGCUUAAAGGAACAGAUCAAUACAGAGCGGGACCCAAACCGUAUAUCCACACAAACACAAAGUACAACGACAAGAACAAGGGUUACAACGGGAAGACUAUACACUCCAGAUAAAACACCAGGAUAUAUGAAUUGGACGGGGCUCUCACCACGACCUGCAAGUGCUCAAGCUAAAAGCAGCAAAGCUCCCUCUGACGAGGCGCUUCCUGGUUCGAUUGGAAUGGCAGUUACCAUUAGCAGUCACCCAAACAGGCGGUCAAGGUCUCUCGGUCAAUUGCGUGAAGCUGCAAGAAUUGCGGGAGGAAUCGAUAGACGUCGGAGCGAUGAAAUUCGUUAUUGGAGAGCAAGCUACGAUCCGGGGCCAUUAUCUCCAUUAUCAUCAGACAAAGCGGAGGUGGAGGAGCCUAGGUCAAUAAAUGAUCCGGAAAGUCCACGAUUAAUAGAUUCUCAGGAGCAGCCACAGCCUUUCAAUUUCGGUCAUCUGAGUGGAUUAAGUGGCAUGAAGAUCACCCAAGCUGCCGACCUGGCAACAAGAGUUGAUCGUAUUGAGUCUAGAUUGGUCGAAAUGGAGAAGACGGUAUUUCAGAUUCAUCGGCGACUCAACGAAAAUGGUGACAACGUUGCACUUCAAGAUCCCCCCAAAGGAGGCAAAAGAGACCGCAGCUCUUCUGCUCGUCGUCCCCCAACUGAUAAUUCAGAAACGACUUUGCCAGGCUUACCACGGCAUCGACAUUGGCACGAAUUUGGAGCUCAAAGCCGACUCUCAAACAACAAUCCUCACCGGCCGACAUCCUCAUCCCAUAAUUCUUACCACCCUGAUUUUGAUGAUACAAUACAAGCUCCAUUUGCCGCAACGACAGAUGAACGUGUGCACUUAAGCAGCUCCCACACCACUGGUCGACCUCUUUCAACCUCGACUACUAUCCGAGGUCUUCAAUCUAGCUCUCCUACUAUUCAAAAAGAUGCUCAUUUAACAAUAGAGCACUACAACAAUUUAACAAAUAUGUUUUUGGCGGAACAAUCAGCUCGCGAACAACUUGAAAGCAUUGUUCUCACCUUACAACGACAGAUGGCCUCUUAUCCUUCGAUAGCAUCCACUUCAUACCCCACUCCUGACUCUGCCACUGGAGGUGGCCCUAUUCUUGACACUACAUCAUCGUCCAAAGGCACAUCUGAAGGCUUUGGCGUGGAAAGUGAUGAUGACGUAUACGCAGCAGGUUCCGAAGCUUUUCAAACUCCUAAAGAAGAAUUAGGAGGUCAGAACUUUGGAGAUGAAGUUUUUGGGACUGGAAAGGGUUACGCAAGCGGCAGUUCAAGACUGACUGUCGACACUGGAAAUGGUGAUGCAAGGACGUUGAGUUUAAGCCAGAUCACGAUGGGGAAGGGUGUUCAACCUAGUUUGAACUUUUAA